AAAGUGUUUCUCAGCUCAUCAGGCAGCCUGCAGCCGUCAUGACCAGCAGGCCUCGGGUCACAGAGCGGUUUGACAGCAUCGGGAUCUUCCUCCUGCUGGAUUAAGACAUUUGGUUCAAUCAACAGAGGAAAGCACAGGCAGGAUCUCCCUCCCUGCCAGCGACAUCGACUCCAUCAUGGCCCAGGUCCAGGGGGUGCAGAAGAAGACCAGCACCAUGUCUCUGACCAUUUCCUCCUCCUCCUCCUCCGCUGCAUCCUCCUCCCGGGAGCACACCUCCUGCUCCACCACAUCCUCCUCCUCCACGUUGAUCGCUCAGAGACACUCCAGCCUGGUGCAUCCGUUGUGUGUCAGCCCUCAGAGGACUCAGAGUCCUGUCUAUAAUCAGCAGUAUUCAGGGAAAGGAGUGGCGCCAACGUUUGUUAAGUGCCUCCAUGAUGUGUCCACAGUGAAGGGUCAGCUGGUGGUGCUGGAGUGUCGGCUCAGGGGGACCCCCCCGCUGCAGGUCAUGUGGUACAGGGAGGACGAACAAAUACAGGACUCUGAUGAUUUUAGGAUAUUGCGCAAGAAAGGGAGCUCUGCAUCAGUGCCAGAGGAGCUGUGCACGCUGGUGAUUACAGAGGCUUUCCCUGAAGACUCGGGCAUCUUCAAAUGUGUGGUGUUAAACUCCUAUGGCACGGUUUCCUGCUCCGCCCUGCUGGAGGUUUAUGAUGACCUGGAGGAGCAGCAGGAGGCACUGUCUUUCAGUCAGGAAAAUGAGACGGAGCAUCAUCAGGAAAAUACUUCCUACAGAAGAAGCGAUGAAGAUUUUCCUCCUGAAUUACCUGACUGUGUUAACCUUCCUCCUCCAGAGUGGCCAGACGGUUCUUUAGAGGACAGCCUCCCUGCUGCAGAUCUCCCUGAGCCUGAAGCCUCAAACCGCUGCACAGAGGAGCCUUUAAUUCGUAGCGAGGAGGAAAGUGCUCUGAGCUCAGAGGGCCAGAGAUCUCCAGAGGUGCGGGUCCGUACGCCGAGCCCCCCUCCUCCACCCUCACCACCAGAGCAAGCCAAGGAGAAAACGCCAGCGGCCAAGCUGUUCACGCCCAGCAAGCUCAGCUUCACUUCCUCCCAGUCUGAAGGGAACAACAUGAACCUGUCAGACCUGCCCACCUUCACUCCCAGUGCCUUCCCUCCCAGUGCCUUCAAUUAUGAGCGACCGAGGCACUUCAUCCAGUCACAGCCGGCCUUUCAGGCCCCCAGCUAUGACAGUGUGCUGAGGGAAGCCCAGGAGAACCAGAACAACCAGCAGAACCUCAGCGGUACCCAGAACAGUGCUAAUGUGCUGGAGGUCCAGGGUCCCAUGAAAGCUAAUCAAGCUCAGUCCUUUUCUCAAGCCCAGUUGGUGUCAAAGUCUGUGUCCCAAACACAGUCCCAGUUUCAGUCUCUGAGUCUGGCUCAGAACCAAACCAGGUCCGUGGCCCACAUUCAGAACCAGACCCAGUCCAACGGAACCGCCAAGUCGUCCCCGUCUUCAUCCAGCCUCAACUCUCCUACGUCCACCCCGUCUUCCUCUGCUGCCCCUCCCUUUCCCACCAACACCCCCCUGAUCUCUCCCUCUGCCCCUCCCUCCUCCUCCUCUUCAUCGCUGCCCCGCCCCACUGUGCGCUCCACCAUCACCCUCACCCCUAGGGUCCCCAGCGCCACCGGCCUCGGCAGUGCCAGUUUGCCCGCCAACCAGGACACCAUGUCAGCUUCUGCUGCCUAUCUCUGCUCCGUGCUGCCGUCCUCCUUCUCCUCCAAACUGUCCCCUAACCCCCCCGCCUCCCCGUUGGCCCCCUCCAGUCCGCUCCUUCCUACAAGGACACCUGCUCCCACAUCUACCCUUCCUCAGCCACCUCGCCCAGUUUCUCCCACUCUCCAUCGCUCUCCCGUUUCCCCCUCCCACCCACAGCCAACCGCUCCAACCAAUCAGAACAGUGUUCCACCUGCCGUCGUUUCCCUGCCCGCCAGCUACAAGGCGACGCCCAACACCCUUCCUAAACCUAUUUUAAAGAAAUCUGUUGUACCUCGGCCUUCUUCGGCCCGAUCUACAGAUGAAGACAUCCAGGGAUCAAAGGAUGCCUUAAUUCAGGAUCUGGAGAAGAAGCUUCGCUCCAAAGAAGCCAGGAGACGACACAGCCAGAAAUUGUCCUAUGAAGAAAGAAUGGCUCGCAGGCUUUUGGGUCCAGACAACGCUACCUACAUGCUGGACCAAGACAAUCUCUCUGAUUUACAACUUGACCAGUCAGACUCUCCAGAAGGAAGACGCACCGGUGGACUGUGGGGGAAGCAUCACUCUGGGACGGAUGAAAGGAGUAACGAGGGAUCAGCCAUUCAGGAGAAAUGUUUUGCUCCUCGCUUCCUUCAGAUCCCCCCAGAUCUCACAGUGGAGGAGGGACGCUUCUGUAGGAUCGACUUCAAGGUCCGAGGCCUCCCGGCGCCAGAUAUCUCCUGGUACUUGGACGGCAAAGCGAUCCGUCCGGACGAUUACCACAAGAUGCUGGUGUGUGAGAAGGGAAUGCACUCCUUCAUCAUAGAGAUCGUCACGGUGCAUCACGCCGGCGUGUACGAGUGCGUGGCCAAGAACCGGGCUGGAGAGAGCCGGUUUACCAUGAGGCUGGAUGUCAUAGCUCAGGAAGCUCUGCGCCCCCCCACCUUCGUCCAGAAGAUGCAGAACACCAGAGCUCUUGAAGGCGACACGGUGCGGUUGGAAUGUAAAGUCGAUGCUUCUCCCCCACCGCAGCUCUUCUGGAAGAAGGACAAAGACAUGCUGCGCAUCGACCCCAACAGAAUGAGUCUGUACCAGGACGGUUCGGGUCGGCAGUGUUUGCUCAUAGACAGAGUAACCAAGUCCGACUCUGGUUGGUACACGCUGUCUGCCAUCAAUGAAGCCGGCCUGUCCACAUGCAACGCCAGGCUGGACGUCGGCACUCGCACAACCCCAGCCAUGAAAACGGCCCCUCCGGGCUCCAAGACCCUGAAGCUGCUGUCCUCUCUGAGCCACGCCCCCGCGCUGACGGUGGAGAGCCCUGCUCAGCACACAGCCCCGCUGUACGAGAGCGAAGAGCUGUAGAAACCGAACGCCGCCUCCUCCGUUUACCUUCAGUCAGACCUGAACAACUGGACUGGAAGCCUCUGUAACCGUUGUUGUGUAAACAUACAAAUGAGCUCGGAUAUAUACAUAUAUAUAUAUAUUUUUAGCAUCACAGAAGCUUAGCUGGAGAAAUGGUGUGCAUACUGCAGGGGAUUAUUUUCAAUAAGCUAUUUCUGAGCUCAGUGCACCAGAGGUUUCAUGAUAUCCAGAUAUUUUGAGGUUAAUAGGCUGAUAUUGGAGACUGCUGUUUGCUGCUGAACUCAGCUUUUAGUUUGAGCCUGUGUGUCUGUCCCGCCUGCAGCCUCUGGGCUGUAGAUUUAGAAUUAGAUGUCUGCCACCCAGUGGCCAUUCACGGUACUGCUUUCCUAAACGCUGUGUUUCCCAAACCACAUUUGAAACUUUCUAUGGAUUCUGCAUUUAUAAUGUAAAACCUUUAAAUGAGCUGGUUUUAAUGUUCCUGUCGAGGUGUAUUUUAAAGGCAAGGUGGUAAACGUUGCGUGUUUUUUCUUCGGUCAGGGUUAGAAACCAGUGCAGCCAUGAAGCACAGCACUUUAGGUCCGUCAUCGAGCUCCUGCCACGCCGCAGAUUUGACUGUAACUGAUGGAUCCUGACUUACUGCUGCCUCUGAAACGUCUGGAAAGCAGAUUUGAUCUUUCUAACCUUCGCCUCUCAUCUGCUGCUGUAGUCUAGAUUAAGCUUUGUCUGUUUUUAAUGUUUGUCUCAUACAGUUUCUGUUUAAAUAAAUCAGAGUGUUGGCCCUCAGCGUACAGAUGGCAGCAUUUAGAAACCAGUGGCUGCUGUUCUGAUACCAACCUGCACUCAGGGCAAAGUUCCCGUCCUCCAUGUUUACAUUGGAUCACAUCUGCAGAGCAGAGAUGCUGUUUUCAAGCUCGAUUACAAAGAAUAUAUCGUCCUUUUGCAGCUCCUGUAAUCAUCUUUAUUUAUUCAGCCUACAGUUGCAGUCUCCUCAUUUAAAUGCGCUUUCUAAUUGGUUUGAUUGGAACACAAUUUUUGUUUGUUUUCAUCUGAUGUGCAUGCGAGGAAAGACUCUGACUCAGUUAUACCUUAAUAAUCUCCACAGAAGGCUAAAAUCAGAGCCUUAAGAGAUGAGAACCGUAUUUAUGGUUUACAUUUAGCCUAAGCUGAUGCUGUUCAGGACUUGCUGUGUUCAGGUUUCUGGCUCACUGUGGGGGGGAUUAAAGGUCAAAUUAUAUUUUAAACUGUAGGUGGGAGUGUGUUUGUAGUUUCUGACUGUGAUAUGAAACAAUAAAUGACUUAAAACUAAACUG